AUGGGCAGCAAAUCCGCGGCCUCGCCGCCGCCGCCGCCGCCCAAGAAGGGGCCCACGAAAGCAUCGAAAGCAUCGAAAGCACCGAAAACACCGAAAGCCUCCUCCAACACGAAGACGGCCAAACCGCUCGCCUACACACCGCGAUCCCACCCACCGCGCCUCAAAGCCGUGCAGGCCACCAUCGAUGCGCAGAAGCCGCCGCCGCCGCUCGCGCGCAGCCGGCGCAUUCCACUCAUCGGGGCAUGCUUCGUCGGCGCGGGCAUCGCCUUUUACUUCGCGUCCGUGGGCUACUCGAUGCUGCACCCGUACCAGCCGCAGCACGCGGUGCCCGCGGACGCGUCGGACCGCUUCGACCGCACGGCCGCGACGUACGACGAGGACAUUGGCGCGACGGAGAAGACGCUCGGCCUGGACCGGCUGCGGCGCAAGCUGGUGAGCGCGGCGAGCGGCGACGUGCUCGAGGUCAGCGCGGGGACGGGCAGGAACACGCGGUUCUACGAUUGGGGCAAGGUGAGGAGCUUGGUGCUGCUGGACCAGAGCGCGCCGAUGCUCGAGGUGGCGAGGGAGAAGUGGGAGGAGCUGAAGAGGGAGAAGGAGAUGAGGAACAAGAACAUGGUCGGCUUGACGGAGAAGAUUGGGAGUGUGGACUUCAGGGUGCAGAGCGCAUUCGAGCCUAUUGCUGGCCCAAAGCUGGAGAAGGCCCCGACAAAUGCUGAGGAGGCGGGCAAGUUCGAUACCAUCGUGCAGACCAUGGGGCUGUGCUCCACAUCGCAGCCGGAGAAGCUGCUACAGCACAUGGAUGAAGUGCUAAAGAAGGACGGGAAGAUAUUACUGUUGGAGCACGGAAAGGCGUCUCACGACUGGCUGAAUAGUUUUCUGGACAAGGCUGCCGCAGGACACGCAGACAAACACGGUUGCUGGUGGAAUAAGGAUAUCGGAGCCAUUGUCGAAAGCAGCGGGCUGGAGGUGGUUCAAAUAAGCAGACCCUGGUAUCACUUUGGCACUACAUGGUGGGUCGAACUGCGGAAAAACCAGAAGGUGCAGGCGGAGAUGGCAAUGCGGAAUUCACUAGAACGUGAAUCACAGCAGCGGGACGGAACAGAGGCAGAGGCCGGAAAAGGCGGCUGGUUCGGUGGCUGGUUCGGCGGAUGGAGGUUGUCGUAG